ACAAAUACACACCAACAAUUUCAUCACCGUAAUCAACGAGGAAAAAAACCUAAAUAGCCGUCUUCACUCAUCUUCUUCCUCUUGUCGCUGGCUCCCAUCAACGGAAGUUCUCCUUAGCCUCGUCGCUUCCCCUCCAGAUCUGCUAGAUUUGACCUAUUCGAACCCUUCGUCGGAGCCAUAAUGUCGUCGGAGCCGGAAAUCGGUUCGUCAUCCACCACCGCGCCGGAGGAAUCUGGAGAGAAGAUCAGCAAGAAAGCUGCAAAGAAGGAAGCCGCGAAACAGGAGAAGUUGCGCCGCAGACAGGAACAAGAAGAAGCUGCCAGCAAGACGUCUUCUCUUUCUCUGGAGGACGAAUCGUUUUUCAGUAACUACGGCGACGUGACUCUCACCGAGUUAAAGUCGACGGAGGAUCCUAAAGCCGGUAAAUGGAGAGAGGCUGUUGAGGGAAUGGGAAAGGAGUGGACCGAUGUGAGGGAUUUGGUGGAAGAGAUCGUCGGAUCGGAGGUUCUGAUCAGAGGCCGACUGGACACGAAUCGCACAAAAUCUAGCAAAUUGGGUUUUGUGAUCUUGAGGCAAAGUGGGUUCACUGUUCAAUGCGUGGCUACACAUUCGGAGGAGAACAAAGUAGGCGUCAACAUGAUUAAAUUCCUCAGGCAGCUUAGUAGCGAAUCCAUUGUCGAUGUUAUCGGUGUCGUCGUUCACCCCAAGGAGCCUCUGACGGGAACCACGCAGCAGGUGGAAGUUCAAGUGAGAAAAGUGUACUGCGUCAACAGUGCCUUGCCAAAGUUACCACUCAUCGUGGAGGAUGCUGCUCGGAGUGAAGCAGAUAUUGAGGCUGGGAAACCUGGUGCCAAUCAGGAUACACGUUUGAAUAAUAGGGUGAUUGACCUCCGAACAUCGGCUAAUCAAGCCAUCUUCCGCAUUCAGGGCCAAGUCCAAGUGGCGUUCAGAGAAUACUUACUAUCCAAGGGUUUUCUUGAAAUCCACACGCCGAAACUGAUGGCUGGUAGCAGUGAAGGAGGUUCUGCUGUGUUUAGGCUGGAGUACAAAGGGCAGCCUGCUUGUCUGGCUCAGUCUCCUCAGCUUCACAAGCAGAUGGCAAUUUGUGGUGACUUGCGACGUGUCUUUGAGGUUGGUCCUGUUUUCAGAGCUGAAGACUCCUUCACUCAUAGACACCUGUGUGAAUUCGUUGGUCUUGAUGUGGAGAUGGAGAUUGAAACCCACUACUCUGAGGUAAUGGAUAUUGUGGAUGAGUUGUUCGUGUUCAUAUUCACUAAAUUGAACGAGAGGUGCCAAAAGGAAUUUGAAGCUGUCGGAAAGCAAUUCCCAUUUGUACCGUUGAAGUUUCUUCCAAAAACAUUGCGGUUGACCUUUCCUGAAGGGAUUCAAAUGCUUAAGGAUGCUGGUGUGGAGGUUGAUCCUCUUGGAGAUUUAAAUACAGAAACUGAGAGAAAACUCGGGCAGCUAGUUCUGGAGAAGUACAAGACUGAGUUCUACAUGCUGCAUCGCUAUCCUGCGGCAGUUAGGCCAUUCUACACUAUGCCAUGUGCAGAUGAUUCUCGCUACAGCAACUCAUUCGAUGUCUUCAUCAGAGGUGAGGAGAUCAUAUCAGGAGCUCAACGUGUCCAUAUCCCAGAAGUCUUGGAGCAACGUGCAGGAGAAUGCGGCAUUGAUGUCAAGACGAUAAAAACAUACAUCGAUUCAUUCAGGUACGGUGCACCGCCACACGGUGGAUUCGGAGUGGGACUGGAGCGAGUGGUUAUGCUAUUCUGUGCCCUCAAUAACAUACGCAAGACAUCGCUGUUCCCUCGUGACCCUCAGAGGCUCGCUCCCUAAUAAUCUUGUCAGCGCAAAGCUAAAGCGUGGAUCAUACUCCACUGAUAUUUUCUCAUGAAUUUGAAGGGGUUUUAUUGUUGUUACUUGUCCUUUUGUGCAAGUGAAUCUUUUGAUUUAGUUGUCUUGAUUGGUUUCUGGAUUCUUCUGCAUUUUGAUCCCGAAAUUGUUUGUUUGAUCUUAUAAGCACUAACACACUGCGUUUUAAGUGGACUGAUCGCUUUUAUCUCAUUAAAACGGAUUAUGCUUGAAUUAGUGGCUGUUUUCAAUACAAUUUUCACGAGAUAUAAGUUCA